AAGAGAGUGUGCGGACCACACAUGUGGGACUAUGGUGUUACGGACGAGAACACUGCACACGAUGGAGUCCGUUCCAACGGCACUGCGUUCCAGCAGAGCUUGCCUGCACCAGACAGUGAUCAGCUAUCGUCGAAGCUGCAGCCCUUCAUGGCGAGCCUAAGAAAGAGCCGCGGCUUCUACGCCAACCUUGCCGAGUCGCUGUGUUCCGACGAGAGCUUCGCUGAGACCAGAGACACGGCCGACUGCUGGAACGGCGAGCGCGUCGGAGAGUACACAAAGACGGUCGUGGCGUCCAGUCUGAUCGCGCAGAAGUACAAUCCAGAGCUGGAGUGGGUUCCAGUCACGCCCGACCCGCGCAUUGCGGAGCUCAGCGACCAGCUGCGACACUUAAAGCAGGUGGUGGUCAGCCAGCUGACGGAAGCCCCCACGGCGCUGUCCCUCGUCCGCUACGUGGAGGGCAGCGGCGGCGACCGAGGCCCCCCUGGCAGCUGGGACAGCGAGCCGGAGGACGCCUGGAGGGGAGAGGGCUCCGGCUCUGGGGAGAAGCCGGUCGUUGUUGGAGGUGAGACGAUGUCAACAGACAAUACUGUUUAUCCCUCUUCGGAUGAAGAAAGUGACAAACAAGGGACGAGUACUUCCAGCAACAGACUUCCAGCUGACACGGUGCUCGCUGUCUGCUGCGUUAUGCUUACAAGUCGUGUUCUGUACGUAGCCAGUAUGUGGUAAUCAGCACAAUGCCUUCCUUAAGCCGUGUGCUUCAAAUCUCUUUCCGAUUCUACAUUUAAAGAGAGGUCAGAAACGACAUUAUGCCUAUGGAAAUCCAGUAUAUAGAGCGAAUCACUCUGUGAUAACGUAAUUAAAAAGUUAUACAUUGCGCUCAAGUGGCAACUGUACCAAUUUUUUUUUGAAGGAUUUAAUCACUUUUGGAAACGGUGUUGCCUUUGGAUGAGAAAAUGUCUAAUAGCAUCAAGAUACUUCAGAAGAUUUUAUAGCUCUUUGAGUAGCAGAUCGAAGUACAAAAGCCCUUGAUCUACGAUCUCAUGUGUAAAGAAGGUGGUAUUCAUAUCGUUGAUAAAAAUUUCGUAAGCGUUAUACGUUUCAGAACUCACCAUUUAGGUGCUGAGUGUUUAUUUAAAUUAUAUACUUUGUGGUCUGAAAAGAAGACAAAAAACUGAAGAAUGUGACACAUCAAAGGAAACAUGAAAUAUCGUUUUCAUUGAAGUGUGUCUCACAAUGUAAUCAAUAAA